AUGAAUGAGGACUCUGAGCGCCAGGGCUAUUUACUUUAUUUCAAGCAGCAAGGGCUGGCCGUGCGCGGCUGCACCAGCUUCGUACAUCGCAGGGCUGAUGCGCCAGCUUCGUGCCUGGGCUCGGGCGGCACCGAGCGCUCCCGGCUCCGUCCCGCUUGCCGGCGGCUGGCGGGAGCCGGCACAGCCCCACGUACGAACAGGCGUGUCUGUCCAGCUGCCCUUCCCGGGAAUCGGGCCCCGGGGCCGCCGCUGGCGCUGCUCCUGCCGCUCCUGCUGCUGCCGGCGCUGCUGGCGCGGGUAAUUGUGAACAGAUCCAUUCCCGAUGUCUGUGCAACUUGCCACAUUCAUGCAACAUGUCAGCAAAGUGGAGGAAAAAGUGUUUGUAUCUGCAAUUAUGGAUUUGUAGGCAAUGGAAGAACCCACUGUCAAGAUAAAGAUGAAUGCCAGAUUGGAGCCAGCAAGAUCUGCGGAAAUCAUACCCUGUGUCAUAAUACACAUGGAAGUUUUUACUGUGUUUGCCUUGAUGGAUACCGAGCCUCCAACAACAACAAGACAUUUAUUCCCAAUGAUGGCACAAACUGUACAGAUGUUGAUGAAUGUGAGGAGUCUGGGCUGUGUGGUCACAAUGCAAGGUGUGUGAAUACUGAAGGAAGCUACAUGUGUUACUGCAAUGAUGGUUAUAAAUUAGAAACUGGAGAGCGUUCUUUUCGUCAAGAUGGAAACAUAGUUUCAUGCAAAGAAAUCGGAUGUGGUUCCCCUCCUGAAAUGAAGCAUGGCUACAUCGUGGGGAACUACAGCUUGCUACCAGGAAGUGCAGUUCAUUAUGAGUGUCAAGAAGGCUUUUACAGCAAUGAAGGAAAGUUCUCAUACUGCACUGCAAAUGCAACUUGGGAACCUGCUACUUUAAGCUGUAAAGGUGUGGAUUGUGGGGCUCCACCUUCUGUUUUGAAUGCACGUCCAACAUCUGUGAGUGAGACCAGAUACAGAAGUGAAGUGACUUACAGUUGUGUUCAUGGGUACCUGAUGGCCGGCGGCAGUGGCACUGCAGUCUGCAAUGCCAAAGGACAGUGGGAUGGCCCUGAUUUGGUGUGCAAAGAUCCACUGACAAAGGAACAUAACCUUCUUGAUGGUGUUCUUUCACAACACUCCGUGGACCAUGUGUCUUUUUUAAUAUCUACUGCUACUAAUGAAAUAGACUGUGGCAAACCUUUGCUGAUUCCACACACAACAAUGACCUGGGACAACUCUACUACUCUGUGGAGCAGAGUGUACUAUCACUGUAAAGAAGGAUAUUAUUUCAAUGGAGACAGGAAUUUUUCAGAAUGCACAAUAGAUCAGUCAUGGGAGAAUAUUACAUAUGUAUGCAAAGAGGAGGAAUUAUUUAGUAAUUUAUCCAUAUUCAAUGAAACAUGUGUGAGAUGGCAAAGGAAAACUGGAAGACUGGGAAUGCAGGAAACAUACACAUUUCAUAUACUGGGCCAAAGAUUGGAUGAGAAGAUAUUCUCGGAAGAUAUGAUAUUUAACAUCAGUACAAGUGAAGAUAAUCCAAAGGUGUGUUUAGAUCUGGACUCUGGAAGUAAUUACAUUGUGAAUAUAACCACCAUUUCUUCUACAAACAUCACUGUCUCAGUUACAGUAGCAAUUCAGACAAAGGUAAAGGAAGCUUUCAAUAAUGUAUUAGUUUUUAAUGAUACCUGCUUGAAAUGGAGGAGAAAUGUCAGGGGAACUGAUGUGGAAGACAAAUACUCAUUUCACGUGCAAGGCCAGCGUUGGUAUCAGAAGAACUUCCUUCAUGAAAUGACCUUCGAACUUUCCACACACAAACAAGCUCCUGAAGUUUGUUUAGAUUUGCAACCAGGCACUAAUUACUCUAUUACUAUUUCCAUGGUAGCUUUGAAUUUUUCACUGGUUGUUUCUAUGACAACACAAAUUACAGAUCCCCCUUUUCCAGAAGUAGAAUUUGUUGCAGUUAAAGAUUCUGCACCUUUGCUCAGACUCCGGAAAGCAGAAGAUCAAAAUGGACCAAUCAGUCUUUAUCAAGUGAUUGUGCUUCCUCUGGAUUUGCAAAGCACUUUUAUUUGUGACUCCUUUGCUGCUACAACUUUCUUUAGUAACACCACUGACAUUAAAGGAUAUGUAGCAGCUGAAUUUCGGGCAAAGGAUGUUGCUGAUAAUAUGUCAAUUGUUCUUGGAGACAGACAUUAUUAUGGGAAGUUUUAUAAUGCUCCUUUAAAGCUGGGAGAAGAGUAUUGUGUUUUUUUGAAAAUAAUAAGUGAGUGGAAUAAGGUAAGAAGACAGUCCUGUGCUGUUUGGGCACAAAUUAAAAAUGUAUCACCCACUCUGCAAUACAUGACUGCUGUUGGAUUAGGGUCAAUGGCUGCUGUCUGCCUUAUAUUGUUUCUGUCAUUCUCCAUGGCACGGUCUUGUCUUCACAGCUCAGUGCAUCCCCCACCUGCUGCUGUAGCCUGUGAGGCUGUACAUUUAUCUUCUACAGUAGACAUGACACAAACAGGAAUUGCAUCAUCAUUCCUAGAGACUGAAAAUGUCUCUCUUCUCUGAUUCUGUAUUCCCUGAAGUCAACAUAGAAAAAAGUGUGCUCUUCUUUCAAAGCCAGCAUGUGUCUGGUAUCUGCACGUCACAUAUGUACUACAGCAUGGACAGUUCAAAUGUGUUUGUCACUGGAGUGAAAUGUUUAUUGUCUUGCCUAAUUCCAGAUGGUGUGGUGUAUAAAGGAGACCCUUCCCUCACAAGCAGGUUAUCAUGCAUCCCAUGUGUUGGUCACAGUCUUUCAGCUCUUCCAGCUGCAUGAGUGCCUGAUAAUGAGUGCUUGUAUUGUGCUUGAUUACAUGAAUAAUCCCCUGAUCCAGCGGAGACUGUUUGAGGAUUAACUGCUACUUUAGAUACCUUUGCACACAUAAACUGGCCCAUUAUGAACAAAAGUACAGACCUACCCUUAUGCGAGAUAAAGUGCCUAUUGUACUUCCAGUUAUAAAGGUAGAACACUUCUGUCAGUCACUUACAAGUAAUGAUACAUCAGUAGCAUGUACACUUGUUAGGCAUGAAGUUGCCACAUUCAAUCAGUGUCAGCAAGUGAUGUGUUCCAGAGAUAUUGCAACCAUUGCUCAUAGCAAUUAGCAGUAAUUGCAAAUAAUAUACCAACUGCAGUUUGCUCAAAAGCUGCUUGCUUUAAUGGCAUGUGAAACUAAUUUAAGGAAGGACCUUCCUGUGUUAAGUGCAGUUUUGUUAAUCUCUAUUCUAUAAUUACAGCUGAGUAAAGCCAUUAAAUCAUUGUCUAGUUAAUUGGCUGGUGUGUAACAUCUGGUUAGAGUCACUUAAUAAAGUACAAUUAACCAGUUUCUUAUGACAUACUCCCAGUUAAUACAUUUUUUUUCUUCUGUAUGAAAGAAUCAAGUGGCUUUGAUUAUUACCGCUCCUCUUCAGAAGUUGCUUUGUUAUAUGUUAGCAAUAAAAAUGUUAACUGGUGAAAUAAAAAAAAAAAAA